AUGAUGAAACAGCUCGGCCUGCUCUUCAGCGACAGCGCCUACGAACACAUUCUGUCGACUGUUUUUGAUCACCUGGACACUAUACGUGACAUGCUUUCUGCAGUACAAGUCAACAAACAAUGUUAUCACCACUUCCAGUCGUCAUCCGAGCGCCAACUCGACUACCUUCGCAAAAAGCUGUCAUUUCUUCCCGACAGUUCUAUCACGUCGGCAGCUAUCAAGAGUAACGGCACCGCAUCUUCCACUCUACUCUCUCAACUGCAGAGGAGACACGCAAACCUUGCCAAUCUUAAUGCAUCUGGUGCCACUCUUCUGCCAUUCUCUGGUAAUCCAUGGUCGAUGCUAGCCUUCCGCGAUGGCCUUUUGGUGCUUUCCUGGAACGGCUCUGUCGAACCUUUGAACCCUCAGCAGUCUCUUGGGGGAACGAGUAUGGAAAGAGCAGGGUUUCAAGUCGUGAGACUCUCUAGAGCGGAUCUCGAUGAGGACUCGAAACUCAGGGGCGGUAUCGCGAUGUAA